GAGACCCGAUCAGUUGAGCACUAAAACCGUCGCUAUGUGGCCGCUAUACACCGUGUUUUUUGCUUUUUCGCUUCUCUGUGGACUGUCCCAGGAUGUAAUGGGAUCUUGUGAACUUCAGACAACCUCCAACGCUCCACUGAUCGUUACGACCUUUGGAUCCAAAAAGAUAUUGUCCGAUUCCGCUGGAACACAUGAACGCGAUACAGGCGAAACAAUUGAGUUGUUUUGCGGCAGCGGAUUUUCAUUCGCUUAUAUCGAUUAUAACAGAUAUGACCAAGUUUUUGAAAUUAACGAUGUUAAGCAUACUCUGCGCUGCCAAUCUGAUGGUUAUUUCAAUAGUCCAAGUCGCGAUGAUACUCUCAGAAGCCUUAAAGUGAGUUGUCUGAAAGGAGUCUCUCAAUUGUUUGAGAGCAGGACCAGUUUGCCCAACUGCGAAGGCGACAUGACUCUCAUUUUGGGUCAUGACUUCGAUGAAAUGGGGUCUAUAAAAAGUGCCGCCAUGUGCUAUGAUAUUGUCGCCUCGCGGGUGAAGUAUAUCGCCUACACAACGUUCCCCACAAAGAACCGCAUUUUGCAAAAGACGCAGUUGGGCCAGUUAAAUGAUAUCGGAUUGGACAUCAAAGUAACGUACAGCAAAAACCUAAUCAAGUCCGUCAGCCAGGCCGAAAUUGACGCCUACAUGGUGAAGGAGAAGCAGCUGGCGCAGUUGUUCCUGGGAGGAGGCUUCCAGUCCGCCAGUCUGGUUCAGGACGAGGCUGUUGACAGCCAGUUGGCCGGCUACGAGGACAUGAUGAGCACCACCUGGCUGAGCGCCCUGCGUUCCGGCAACUGGAAGCACUGGGUGACGGCGAUGCGAGUGGCCACCUCAGCCGGCGUCCACUUCGACGUUCGGCUGGGCGUCUCCGGAGUGCUGGAGCUGCCGCUGCCCGUGGGCCGAUCCUGCAACGCCAGCCGCUCGCUGGCCAUCGAACUGGCUGACGGCAGCUCCCAGCCAGUUCCCGCCCACAUUUGGGCCCAUGUGCACUCCCUGGAGGCAACUGGCGGCGUCCAGGACGAGUUCGUCAUCAUCGGACACAACUCGCCAUUCUACCGCCACGGCAAUUCCAGCGACCUGUGUUCCUCGAUGUGCGAACAGGUGUCCUGGCUGAGGAGCAGCCUGUUCGCCAGUCUCCACCAGUUCCCCGCCUACGGAUUGGUGCAGUGCUGCCGGGUGGAGGACGUGGCCAGCAAGUUGGACAACUUUCCCGGGGCGUUCGUGAAUGAAGUCGCCUCCAGGAGCUCAACCCCGGCACCGACUUCCAUUCCGGAGUUUGUGAUGUCCCAGGAGCCCGUUCUUGGGUAGUCACAAUCGCUUGCUUAAAUGCAAUGCCUGCAAUUCCAAUUGUAAACAAAACUACUAACUGAGUUUUUUAACAUAUUGAAGAUGAAGUAACUGUAACCUUUUGCCAGUUUCAAUAAUAAAGAUAGAAUUUGCGCAUUUUCCAA